GGUUGUGUUGACUGAAUGAGCGGACAGUUGUGUUUCACAGAGCAUACAUUGACAACAUUGACAUCAUUUACAUCUACAGUAUAUUCAUCUCAUUAUCAACACAAUCGGAGAGUCAUAAUUGGAUGGUAUGGCAGAAGGAGAUUCAAUUGAACAGAAAUCCGAGGCGUCGACCGCAGAGGUGGCCCAAGAGAAUGGACCCAAAACCAAGAAACGAAAGCCCCGGUCGGCCACUAAUCUCAGCUCAAAAGACACGACUUGUAAAGUCUAUCUUCUGGACGGAACUGAAUUUGAAAGUCAAGUGAAUAGACGGACGAAAGCAGGAGAUCUGUUUGACAGGAUAUGUGAGCACUUGAAUCUACUCGAAAAGGACUACUUCGGCCUUUCAUAUAGAGAUCACGAGGAUUCACGGAAUUGGCUUAAUUUGGAUAAAAGGAUUGGAAAACAAAUCCAAAACCUUCCGUGGAUUUUUAAUUUUGAAGUGAAGUUCUAUCCGCCAGACCCGACACAACUCCAGGAGGACAUCACAAGAUAUCACUUAUGUCUACAAAUCCGAAACGACAUACUGAACGGUCGUCUUCCCUGCUCUUUCGUAACGCACGCAAUGUUGGGCUCAUAUUUGGCUCAAUCAGAACUGGGAGACUACGAGCCCGAAGAGCACGGAUCCAAUUACUUAUCGGAAUUCCGUUUCGCACCCAAUCAGACACAUGAACUCGAAGAGAAAGUGUGUGAACUUCAUAAGCAACACAGGGGACAGACAUCUGCCGAGUCUGAGAUUCAGUAUUUGGAAAAUGCAAAGAAGUUAGCGAUGUAUGGCGUGGACUUACAUCACGCCAAGGAUUCGGCCGGUGUUGACAUAAUGAUGGGCGUCUGUGCCUCAGGACUACUCGUCUACAGGGAUAGGCUUCGCAUCAAUCGCUUUGCGUGGCCUAAGAUUCUGAAGAUAUCCUACAAAAGGAAUAACUUUUACAUAAAGAUAAGGCCCGGAGAGUUCGAACAGUACGAGAGCACCAUUGGCUUCAAACUCGCCAAUCAUAAGGCAGCCAAACGGCUCUGGAAGACAUGUGUCGAACACCACACCUUCUUCAGACUUAUGUCACCCGAACCGCCACCAAAACAGAAACUAUUUUUGCCACGUUUUGGAUCUAAAUUCCGAUAUUCUGGUAAAACGUUUUAUCAGACGAGGAUUGAUAGCGAACGCAUCGAUAGGCCUCCCCUUAACUUCCAACGAACGCUCAGUAAUAGAAGAUUAACCACAAGAAGUAUGGACGGAGCUCUUGGUUAUGAGAGGUAUAGAACACCAAUAGAGCUAAGACCAGAUGAGAGUAAAAGUCGCACCAUUUCAGGUAUUACUGCACCCUUACCUUCACUCUUGAGUCUCAUCUCAGUGCGACAAGAGUUUAUGACUCCGACCGCUCGAGUCGAGAUGAGAAGGUACGCUCCGGGACUGGCAUUUCAUCAACAACUGCAACAACGCCUGAGAGUAUUGGCGGCAAAACUCCAUCACUCCUUUCAGACGGUGAAGAAUCUGAACGAAGACAUCGCAGACCAAUUGGUGGCGUCGCUGUAUUACCGCCGAUGGAAAUGAGACGCAUUGAAGAGCAACGAAAAAGUCCAAUCGAUAGACCAAUGAGUAGGAGUCCUGUCAUACCAGAGGAAUCCAAAUACAACGAUGAGCGUUCGCCAUCUAAGACAUCUCCCUCUAAAAUAAGCGCCACUUCUCCUAAAACUAAAGUCACUCCGACUAAAAGGGAAGAGUUUCUCAAUGAAACCAAUAAACUAGUUUCCGAGAGUCCAUUAACCAGUACCCCAAAAGGUAGACAAUCCCAACAGUCCUUUGAUCUAAAGCCGGCCGGUUCUGCAUUUGUCAAGGAAUACACUUAUACUGAAGACGAGGCGGACUUACGUCGGCCUUACAGUCCUCGAGACCAUGGGUUCACAUAUAUGGAGAGAAGGUCCGGUGCAGACAUAUCUCCUAUUGGUAAAGACGAGUUGCCCUCUCCUACUGGCAAACGGAUGACUGCACUCGCAUUCACUUAUAAACCUCCCGAUAAGGAGAAGAGUACUGACAGACAACAGCCCGUUGCCAGUGAAUGGAGUAAAUCUCCGCCACAAACACAAACAAAAGUCAAAACAGAAGUGCCUUCGAAAGAGUCGACAGCUACUGAUCGCACAAAAAUGCAAACCAGAGAUAGAGUGAUGGCUCAGACUGUGGCCCCAAAGCAGUCUAAAUUACCCGUUAAGUCGUCGCCGACUCUCGUUGUAUUAGAAAGUGAUUUAAGAAAAUCCAAAGACAAAUCAGGCAUUCCUAUGAAAUCAAAGACUACUUCUCAGACAUCGCCCAAAUCAGUAGAGACGGGCAGAACUUCCCGACAGUCGAAGGACUCGAAAUUGGAUUCGAGUUCAAGCGCUUCAUCGGUAUCUUCGGGCAGUUCUAUGGAUGAGUACGAGAAGGAGACUGUGAAACACGACCCGACGAUUACGGCAACUCCUGUCAAAACAGUGCCCAAAACCAGUAGAACUGAGAGGACAUCGCCCGACAAAAGUCGAAUCAUAAGCUCUCAACUCUCUGGUCCUAAAAUAACUCACGCGAGCCGUAAGCGAGUGGUGACUAACGCCGACGGAACUGUCGAAGAGAUGGAAGAGGUGUUGGAGCCGGAUAUGAUUGGAUCGCUCUCUGCCUCUAAGCCGGUAAUUAUCGGUGUCGUGCCCUCCGCUGCCACUAAAACUCGUACUUCGACUUCAGAAUCGGUACCAAAAUUGCAAUAAAAACGUCGACUCUUUGCGCACUAAUUAUUCUUCCGCUGCUAUUCUGUCACUUAAUUCUGCUUUUGUUUUAUUGCUUGAUAUUAACCUUUGAAAGCAUUUGAACACUGAUUUCAUUGUUUUUAUCGAUUAUUAAUUUGAAUUCCUUUACGACAUUAAGAUUCACGACAAAUCAAAACGGACCCAAAGGUCCCCUCAAACGGGUUAUCCUAACGUUCGCGAGACAUCUAAGACGGCGUCCUCUUCCAUAUCUUCGGUUUCCAAAAAGCAAACAUCCGGUGAAGAGUUUGGACACGAAAAGGGCAUUCACUCGACUAAGAAGACCAGCACAACCAUCGAGGAGGAGAAGUCCCUUUCGAAACAUAUUUCCCAAAACACACGGUUAGUGAGCGGGACUCUCGAUGAUGUGGCGCCCAUUGUUAAGACUGAGAAGAUUAAGUACAGUCCCAGCGCUCAACAGAGUCCUCUUCCCACUAAAUCAGUUCCUGUGAUUGCGACCGAAACCCGCAAAGUGGCCUAUACUGAGACACGGCCGACUGCAAAGCAAACCCAAGACUCGCACAGUCCAGCACUGAACUUAAGCACAGCCACUCCACCCCCACCCCCACAAUUUGCUAACGAUAACAGCACUGGCACUUCACCGACAAAUGGUGUGGCGGCACCGGUAGGCGAUGUGGUCAGCUCGCAAACUAUAUCUUCGAAAACAAGAACCGUUGAGACGAUUACCUAUAAGAUGGAAAAGGAUGGUGUAGUCGAGACACGGGUUGAACAGAAAAUAACUAUUCAAAGUGAUGGCGACCCCAUCGAUCACGACAGAGCACUGGCAGACGCCAUACAGGAGGCAACUAUGAUGAACCCCGACAUGACUGUCGAGAAGAUUGAGAUACAACAGCAGUCGUCUAUCCAGUGAUUUCUCUGUGGACUGCCUUCUGAUCACUUGAGAGCAGCUUUUGUUUCAAUAUAUGAAUCCAUUGUUUCAUUCUUUACAAAAAGUAUUUUUUAUUUGCAUUUUUAUAAUUUCAAUCAAUUGUCCCAUAAAUUAGUUGUUCUGUUUGUAUCCUAAUUGUGCCACAAAUUGAAAAUCGAAGUUAUUUUAUCGUUUGUAUUACAUUCUCGACUAUUACUGCAGUCUAUUUUAGACAAACAUUAUUAUAAAGUUUACAAAAUAAUUAUUAAAUUUAUUACUGAUUCGCUAUUUUUUAAGUGAUAGCACUUUUCGAUUCAAUUACAAUGUGAAAAACGGCUCAACACUUGAUUUGAAAUAUAGGUGAAGGAAAUGGACUUUAAUUUAAAUGUUAAUUACGAGCGAAGACCUGAAUAUUCUUCUAUAAUCUCUUCUAUUGUUCGCAUUUUUCAAUUGUGUUUCGCCUUUCAGACC